UAUUUCCCCUAACUCUUGCAAUAGUUUAAUAUACCUUGGAAAAAGACGUAUCUCAGAAAUAGCUAGUCCAAACAUGUGAAAACAUUCUGGAGAAAAACAACAAAUAUAAACACGAGUAUUUUCUACAAUAUGGUUGACCAAAAACUCUUCUAGGUGGGACCAUCAAAUUGAAAAAAAACCCAUCUUCCUUUAAUGUUAAAGACAAUACCAUAUGAGAAAUUAAACAACAACAACCAAUCAAAUAAUGCAAAAAAUCCCCAUCACUCAUUAAAUGGUCAAAAACCAAGACUAUGACAAAAAACAAGAACUUUGGUAUAUAAACCUCUUAUAACUCCAUCAUAUUAUAUACACACACAUCUCUCCUUCAACCAAAACCAAGAAAAUGAUAACAAGACCAAUAUUUGUUUUUUCACUUCUCUUAUUCUUAUCAUUCAUAUUCAACCAAAACAUAAUAUGUUAUGCACAAGAGCCACCAAGCAUCACAGGAUAUACUUGUAAUCCUAACCAAUUCAAUCCAUGUCAAACUUAUGUGUUAUACAGAGCUAGAGGACCAGACUUUCUUGAUUUAGCCUCAAUUGGUGAUCUUUUUUCAGUAAGUAGACUAAUGAUAGCAAACCCUAGUAAUAUUUCCAACCCAAACACAACUCUUGUUAAUGAUCAACCCCUUUUUAUCCCCAUCACAUGUUCUUGUAACAACAUCAACACAACAUAUGGUAGCAUAUCUUAUGCUGGCUUUAACUACACUUUCAAAUCAGGUGACACUAUGUAUGGUAUAUCAACAUCUAAAUACCAAAAUCUUACUACUUAUCAAUCUGUUGAGGCUGUUAAUCCCACAGUUGUAGCAACCAACAUUGAUGUAGGCCAGACCAUAAAAUUCCCAAUUUUUUGCAAGUGUCCAAACACGACACAAAAUCAACCAAGACUACUCAUAAGUUAUGUUUUUCAACCUAAUGAUAACAUUUCUUCUGUCGCCUCAAGAUUCAGGGUAACCCCACAAUCUAUAACACAAAUUAAUGGAAAUAACACCAAGAUUCUUGAUACCCUUUUCAUCCCUCUUUCUAAUCUACCUAAUCUUACACAGCCAGCAUCUUCAAACACCCCACCCCCACCCCCAGCACCAGCACCAGUAAUUCAAGAAAAUGACAGAAAAGAGACUGUCAUAGGGUUAGCAAUUGGUUUAGGGGUUUGUGGGUUGCUGUUGAUUUUGAUUCUUGGUUUGUUUUACAAGGAGAAAACAGUAAAGAAAGAAAAGUAUGGUGAUGUAGAAAGGCAAAAAAGUUUGUAUCUUGGAUCAAAAAAGAAGUCUUUUGUUGAUAAAGAUGUUGAAGUGAAUUUGUUGGCUGAUUUAUCAGAGUGUUUGGAUAAGUAUAAAAUGUAUAAAAUGGUACAACUUUGGGAAGCAACAAAUGGAUUUGAUGAAGGGUGUUUGAUUCAAGGGUCUGUGUUUAAAGGAACAAUUGAUGAAGAAGUGUUUGCAAUCAAAAAAAUGAAAUGGAAUGCCCGCGAAGAACUCAAAAUCCUGCAAAAGGUGAACCAUGGGAAUUUGGUGAAGCUAGAGGGUUUUUGCAUAGACCCUAAAGAAGCAAAUUGCUACUUAGUCUAUGAGUAUGUUGAAAAUGGUUCACUACAUUCUUGGCUUCACGGUGAAAAACCUGAAAAAUUGAGCUGGAAAACAAGACUAAGGAUUGCCACUGAUGUUGCAAAUGGUCUCUUAUACAUUCAUGAACAUACAAGGCCAAGAGUUGUCCACAAAGACAUCAAGAGUAGCAACAUUCUCCUAGACUCCAACAUGAGAGCCAAAGUUGCCAAUUUUGGUCUAGCUAAAUCAGGGUGCAAUGCUAUAACAAUGCACAUUGUAGGUACUCAGGGGUACAUCUCCCCUGAGUACCUCACUGAUGGGGUUGUAUCCACUAAAAUGGAUGUUUUCUCAUUCGGGGUUGUGUUGCUCGAGCUUGUGUCAGGGAAGGAGGCUAUCGAUGAUGAAGGGAAAGUCUUGUGGGCAAAAAUUAGCGAUUUUUCUGAAGGGAGUGAAGAGAGGAAGGUGAGGAAAUUGCAAGAAUGGAUGGAUGAAAGUCUAUUGAGGGAAGAAUUAACAAUGGAAAGUGUUGUGAAUGUGAUGACUGUGGCUAUUUCAUGUUUGAAUAAAGAUCCUUCAAGAAGGCCAGGGAUGAUUGAAAUUGUGUAUGCCUUAUCUAAAAGUAUUGAUCUAUUUUCUGAUGUUUCAGAGGAAGGACCAUCUCCAAGGCAAGUCACAGCAAGAUAGACUACAUAAUAGUACUUGCAUAUUAUGUAAAGUUGUUUUGAAGUGGAGUAGCAUUUUGUGUUUUGAGGUUUGUACUUUACUUUAAAGUUUGCUUCUAUAUAAGUGUAAUAUUACUCCUAUAUUAUCUUUUCUAGUAGUAGUGGUAAAUCCAAUUUCGAAUAAGAGCAUGUUUAAGGUUGUUCUAGUGGAAUAUAUAUUAGUACCACAUAAGACACUUGUAAUGAAUUUAUCUUUAUGUUAUGUUGCUUGGAUUCUUCAAAAAUGAUCUUGCACUUGUGUCAA